AUGAAAUUUUUGAGACUUAAAAAGGUAAUCAUGGAUGUUACCACAGGACUUAGAGGGAAUAAAUCGACUUACCAUGACAUAUAUGAAACAGCACAUGGGGAUUUUUAUAUUGUAUCAUCACUCUCAUUUAGAAAAGAUACACAGAUAACAAAGAUUGAUGGAAGAUCUGGUUUAAUGCAUUAUGAAGGAUUACCCGGUCUCGAUCUAUUCUCAAAUCAUAGACAAGCAACAGCAUUUCUGCAAAAGAAAUAUAUUUUAAAGUCUAAAUUGAGAGCCAAUGCAUUGCUUGGUUACAUUGUAGCAGAAAGGUAUUCAUAUCUUUUGGUUGCUACUAAAACGAGAAAUGAGGGUGAUAUUCUUGGCGUUCAUCCAAUCUAUGUUGUAAUGGAAACGCAAUGGAUAAAAAUAGAGCUUUCUUAUCUUUCCUCUUGUAAAUUACCAAUUUCACCUCAUACACCACAAACCAAUGGUAACCUUUGUGCCAUCUCCACGGUAGUCGAUAAUACAUCAAAUACAAAUCACAACAGUCAUGGUAGCUCUAGUUCUAGCAAUAGUGGAUCGUUUAGCUCUUUUAAUCUCCAACUCUACCCUCUAGAAGGUACUCACUUUUACUGUGAGACCUAUGACCUGACCAACUACUUUCCCUCCUCGCCGAAAGCACCCGAUCAGUUCAGCCCUGAGUUUACAUGGAACGAAUGGUUAAGAAGACCAUUCAGAACAUUCUCACUUCCUUUUCUUUGUGUUGUCUUACUACAAGGAUACGCCUCAAUUAAACAAUUGAACAAUAGUAGUAAGUCACUUUUACCUCUAAACUCUCCCAUAACCACUAAUCUUAUUCACAAAACAAAAAACCUAGCUUCUAUUUGUUAUUUAAUGAAGAAAUCUAAAUUGAAUCCAGAAACCUACUUCUAUGGACAUGGAAUCAAUGACAAAGGUGGUGCAGCAAAUGAGUAUGAGUGCGAGAUCAUAUUAUGGAGGUUAACUGGCAUUAAUACUAUUAGUUGGACAUCAUAUUUGUGGAGACGAGGUACCAUUCCAUUGUGGUGGCGUGCAAGAUCAAAACAUCAAGGCAAUGAUCUAUUGGUUAAAGACAAUCCUUUCGAAUACUCUGACAAAUAUUUUACAGGGAUCUUAGAUAGAUACAGCUCUAUAUAUGAGACCAACACGGCCGCACUACCAACAAUUAACCUCGUCAGCUUACUUAAAAUGGAUGAUCCACAAGAAGGUCCUUUGGGUCAGCUAUAUCAGAAGCUCUGUAACAGAGUGGCUUCGACUGUCAAUUUAAAUUUGAAUCUGCAGAGUUUUGACUGGCACAUACACCUUAAGAAUAAUAAUCAAUCACUUACGAAAACAGUACAUUCUUUGUGGUCAACCUUGAAAGAACCGAUCGAGAAUGCUGGCUUCUCCAAGGGCACUGCCAAGAUUCUUUACGAGGAAGCCACCGAUUGUUCAAGCCCUACUGACUCUAACUCUAAUCAACAACAGCCAUUGUUAGAAAAGAGAUUGGUAUUUGAACAGUACAGUCACCAGAAAGAAAUAACCAAGUUUAGUUGUCUAGAAUCACUGGAAAGGGUUAAUAUUGUGACAUACUUUUCAAGCUUUCAAACGGUUGGUCUCAUGGCAAAAUCUUUGGGACUAUCAUUCACAGAUGCCUAUCCCUUUAGUAGUAAUAUUACUCUUGAAGUAAUGAAUAGCUCUCUCAAACGACUUGGAUUAUUUAUUCCUCUUACAGAGUUUUUUGUUACGAGCAGCGAUGUGUGUAACAUACUCUAUCUGAAUAAUCUGUCUCAACCAACACCGAUAAUGAGGGAAUAUAUCAAUAGUAUAUCGGCUUCCUCAGUCAACCACUUAAUAUCUUUGCAAAGAAAGUAUCAAAAUACCAACACCGAGGAGAAUAGAAAUAAACAAUAUCUCAUCUUCCUAGGAAUAUUUGGGUCUAAAUAUUUUCAUUUAAACUCAGCAACCCAGAACUUUGAGAUACCCAGCGGCCUAAUAUCGUGUGCUCCCGUGACCACUCUAUUUGCACUUCCGAGUCUUAUGGAUAAGAGUAAACUGAAUCCCUCAAUACUGAUAAGAGAAAUCGACGACUUUUGUUGGAUAUUUCCCUCAGAAGUAAAAAAACCAGAGGUCAUUGUAUAUCUAGGGUGUCCAAGUAUUAUCACUGAAAUUUGUCUCACGGUUUCACAUGGUACAAACAGCGAUACUUAUCCCCAAACUAUGGAUGUGUUUCUUGGAGCCUAUCUAGACUCUAUGUUCAUUGUCCUUCAAGACAUUUUGAUACCUCGGUGUACCACAGGAACGAAAUUGUCAUACGAGGUUCCAAAUUGUCCAUGGAAUCAGUAUGGAACUACUUUAUCAACAGAGGAUCCAGUUGGGGUGGCUUCCAAUAGGUAUAUGAAUCGUUUUGUUAAGAUUGAAUUUAGAGGAAGUUCACUUCCAAUAACAAUUGGAAAGAUCGAGGUUUUUGGAUAUCAAACUAGUAAGAUUCACCAAAUUAAUUUGUCAAUGGAGAAGGAUAAUCACAUCAGAUCAACUCUCUUUAAAGUGGAUGUUGAAUCAAAUUUUGUAUUAGACACAAACAACAUUUCCUCUAUUGACCAGGAUAAAUUGGAACUUACAGACUACACUCCAUUAGAUUUAAAUAGUGAAGCGAAAACCGAAAAACUCCAGGACUCUGUAAUCGAACAGGAGAUUUCAAAUAUACUAUCGGUAUUUCAAAAUCAUAUACCAACUUCAUAUGAGAGAAAUGAUAUCAAAGACACACAGAAUCAUUUACCUGCUUCCAAUCAUGACAAUGAUAUAAAAAGCAACGAUAGCAGUCCUAACGAAAUUCUACUCAUUAGAGACUACAGCGGUGGCAAAACAUUUAUGGAGGAUGAUCCGUACAAUGAUGGAUUAACAGAGACCAUGAAGAUAAGUACCAACAAGAAAGCUAUUCCUUCUCAACAAUAUGAGCAAGCUAUUCUAGAUACAAUCAAUGGUUCAAUUAAACAGCCACAGAAGAAAAGAUUGAAUCCAACAUUAGGAAAUACACCAAGAGUCAAAGAUGAUAGAUCGCCACCAAUUGAAACGAUCCUUUUGCCACCAGAUGUAUUACCAUUAAGUGUAUAUUGGUCAGCACCACCCUCUGUCAGUUCUGUUGAUAUAUCGAUUGCUCUCUCGUAUGAUGCACUUGUCUACUCUAUCACACUUCUGGUGGACUCACUUGGAUACUACAACUACAACGUACCCUCUGUGGAAAUCAAAAUAGGAAAAACUUUGUUAACCUCACAAUUGGAAUCAAUUGGUCCAUGGACAUUUCAGCCAAAUGGCUGGAGUUCCAACCCAAACCAAGUUAUUCAACCACAGUCAUGUAUUUCAUUUAUACUUCCACAGCCAAUGCAAGCCAGAAUGAUAUCGCUGAGAUUUUCACUGCCGAAUCUACCAACAUUUUUGACAUAUGACAAUGAUGAGCCUGUGAAGCCAUUCCUGCACAUAGGUAGAAUAGCAAUUCAUGGUUUCUACAACGAUACUCUUUCAGAGGUACCAACUUUUAUGACAUCUUCAAUACCAUUGGAGUCGUCUGACAAAGAGUUGUAUGAAAAUACUCUCUAUUCCAACUCGUUAAUCACACUCAAACGUAACCCCGUCAAGACAAUCUCUAAUCAAGUGAAAUCUGCUAAAACAAUUCAUAUAAAUAUUGACCCAUCGACAACGGUCAAAGGUUUCAGUGCUAUCAUCACACACGAAGAUCUUGAGGGUGUCAGAUCCCAAGCAAAAGGUUUAACAAUUAGCUGUGUGACCACCAAUCAAAAGAAUGAAUUUGUUGACCACAAAUAUUUUAUAUCAAACUAUGGCGGCAGCAUUUUGGCAACACCAAAUGGUUGGGUGAAAACAACAAAUAAUGUUGACCCUUCAACUCGUAUCACAUUGACAUUUGCACUUAGACUUCAAAACAUCGAUACUCUUGAGGUUGAGUGGUUGGUUCAAAAUAUGGAAGCCACAAUUGUAAAGCAACUUCCAGAUUUUGUCGUAGCUCAGGUUAGUGUUAAGAGUGCCAACAACCACUUGAACACUAAUUUCCAGGAGUUUGAGAACACCCUCACAAAAAAACGUGUGAUUCGAACACUUGGACCAUACAGUAUUAAUGAAAACUAUUCUGACUUGGUUCAUUUUAUUGGUGGCACUGUCAGAUUCCCGAACCAUGACCUCUCCAACACGAUGGAGCCAGAUCACAGAUUCCUUUCCUCAUUGAACACUAAGGAUAGUGUCUCCAAUGCACCAGACAUUGUACGUGUGUAUGCCGGAGACACAACAUUUUCAUUCCUAAGCCUUCCAAGAUGCUAUGAUGGUAACACCACUACCGAUCCUACUCUAGGAUGUAAUGGAAAUUCAUUUAUCAGCUAUCAGAUUUCCUCUAACACCCAAAACUUUAAGGCAAAUAUCUUGCUUGACCAACUAACAUGCCAACCAUGCAAUGGAUUCACAAACACACUCGCCCAGGCAGUAUGUUUGAAAUCUUGCCAGACUCUCCAGCUGCCAAACAAUACUGUUUAUUGCUUAACCGGUGAGCUUAGCGGUAGCUUGGAAAACUAUUUGCCUUUAAAUCUCAGCUUGACAACACUUUAUAACGAUAGCACAACCUCCUCUCCAUACUAUACCACCACUUAUCUUGGUCAGUUCCUAACACCACAGGUAAUCCAAGAGAGAUAUCAAAUGCCGUUUUUAACUGGAUCCUUCUCAAACAAUACCUCAGUAUCACCAGAUUGGUCAAUCAAUUCCCAAUCGGUUGCAGAGUUCCUCGAACAAUAUUAUUCCGAUGCUGAUUUGGUGCAAUUCUUCAAGAUGGUUGGAAUAGACUCGAGAUUAUCACAACGAGUAACUGUCAUUGGUCCAAAUGAUCAAUCGAACCCAGGAGGAGAAGCAUCUCUUGAUAUUCAAUACCUAAUGGGUUUAGCUGCUGGCUAUAACACUACCUUUUGGUCUGUUGGUAAUUUAACCAAUGGUCAAGAACCAUUCUUAGAUUGGAUAAUUGAUGUGAUUAAUGGUCCUGAGAUUAUUUAUGUACACAGUGUCUCUUAUGGAGAUGAUGAAGAUUCACUUUCAAUAGACUACAUGCAGAGAAUCAAUCAAGAAUUUAUCAAAGCCGGAUCCCUUGGUAUGACUCUUGUAUUCUCGAGUGGUGACAUGGGUGCUAAUGGCAACACCAACACACCACUUGAUCACUUUGUGCCAUCUUUCCCUGCAUCGUCUCCUUAUGUUCUUGCAGUUGGUGCCACACAAUUCUCAACUCAAACGUCACCAGCUUGUACCAGCAAACCAGUUGGCAUAAUAUCAGUCAAAUGCAAUUCUGUUGGUGAAAUUGCCUCGAGUAUUGCAACUGGAUCACGUAUUACCUCUGGCGGUGGUUUCUCAAAUGUGUUUGCAAGACCUUCCUACCAAGAGAACGUAACCUCUGACUACAUCAGCACCUACUUGACAAACAUCCCCCAGUCCUAUUAUAAUCAAAGUGGUCGUGCUUAUCCAGAUAUUUCUGCUUUGGGCCACAACUAUCUUGUGAUUUUAAGUGGAAAUAUAGUCCCCGUUGAUGGAACCUCCGCAUCAGCUCCUACCAUUGCAUCUAUUAUUUCCAUAAUCAACGAUAAACUACUGAGAAGAGGUGAAGAACCACUUGGUUUUGUUAAUCCAUCAAUCUACGCCAUUGGAAGUCAAAAUCCAGAUGCAUUCUUUGAUAUCGUAAUGGGUGACAACUCUUGUCCAGAAUCAUUCCCAUGUAACCAAUAUGGAUAUCCUGCUACUCCUGGCUAUGACACAGUAACUGGAUUUGGAUCUCCAAUAUUCCCCGUUCUUGAAAAGUUGCUUGCACCGAUUGUUCGUAUCCCAGACCAAGAUUCUGAGAAAUUCACAAACAGUUGGAAAGCUGCUAUCAUAGUACCUCCAAUCGCAUUAUUUGUUUUAACCUCCAUUUUUAUUGCAUACAUUUUGAAAAAAAUUAAAUCGUCAAAUGUAAAAUACGACGCAAUAUAA